GUUGCGGGUGGAUGUGGUUAGUGGCGGUGCAGGAAGCCCUAUGAACGCGGUGCCCCUGGUGGGCUACAGCAGCAGCGAUUCCGAGGAUGAGGAGGAGGGUGAAGCCGGAGCCCGGGCUCGACCCGAGGCUGAAGACAGCAGUCGUCACCAGAGUCCCCUUCUCACACAGAGAUGGCCAGUACCUGACAGUGUCCUCCACAUGUUCCAGGGCACUGAAGAGGAGCCAGAGGAUGACAGUACAAAACAUGGGGGCCGGAUCCGCACCUUCCCCCAUGAGCGGGGCAACUGGGCCACCCAUGUCUACGUGCCUUAUGAAGCCAAGGAGGAGUUCCCGGACCUGCUGGAUGUACUGCUGCUCCACGCACAGACCUAUGUUCCCCGGUUGGUGAGGAUGGAGACCUUUCACCUCAGCCUCUCUCACAGUGUGGUGCUGCGCCACCACUGGAUCCUGCCCUUCGUGCAGGCCCUAAAAGAUCGCUUGGCCUCCUCCCAGCGAUUUAUUUUUACUGCAGACCGGGUAAAAAUUUAUACCAAUCAAGAGAAAACCAGGACCUUCUUGGGGCUCGAAGUCACCUCAGGGCAUGCCCAGUUUCUGAACCUGGUCUCAGAGAUAGACCGAGUCAUGGAGGAAUUCGAGCUCACCACUUUCUACCAGGACCCUUCUUUCCACAUAAGUCUGGCCUGGUGUGUGGGUGAUGCCCGUCUCCAGCUGGAAUCACAGUGCCUUCGAGAGCUCCAGGGACUUGUGGAUGAGUUUGAAGACUCUGAGGUACUGCUGCGUGUGCUUGCAGAGCAGGUCCGCUGCAAGUCUGGGAACAAGUUCUUCUCGCUGCCUUUGAAGUGAGCCCAGGAAUUCUGCCGUGAGCUGAGAGAUGGAGGAGCCGGCUCAGUGGAGGAGCGGCCCAACUGUCCCCCACGACCUGGCCUGCUACAGUUGUCAGAUCACUCAUCACUUAAGGGUCUGGUUCUCCAGCCCUGCCCUGGGUACAGCUGUGUGUCUGCUUCUGAGCCCCUCAGAAGUUGCCAGCAGAGGGCAGCCUGGACUUCCUGUUCCUGUCCAGUAGUGGUGAAGCCAAAAAUAAAAAUGGGUCACCUGGGGUGCACUCCCCCAAAUUCCACCAGAAUUCCCACUUAUAGUUCCCUGAUUCUGAGUCUGCUGUUUUCAUUUGAGGUGUUUAACCUCCUGCCCUGACUCCUCCCUGCUCAGGCCAAGGAUUCCUAUGGGACCCCAUUACCCAUCUCCCUGGGAGCAGUUGAUUUUUUUUUUAUCUGGCAAAGGCUAGUUUCUGAAGGUCCUGGGAGCUCCUUUGCAGCUCAGCCUCCCACUUGCCCCUAGCUGGGUUCCUGGGGAGACCCCACACGUAGCACAGAUGGUUGAUUCUAGCUGCCUAUGGCUUUAGGCCAGACCUCCAGCGCCGGGACCUCGGAUUCUGGCCCAUUUCCCCAAAGACAGGCUGGAGAGGUAGUGUAGCGGGUAGACCUUUUGCCUUGCACUUGGCCAGCCUGGAUUCUACCUCCAGCACCCCAUAUGGUCCCCCGAGUCCUGCCAGGAGUGACCCUUGAGUGCAGAGCCAGUAGUAAACCCUGAGCAUUGAUGGGUGUUGCCCAAAAAAUUAAAAACAUUUUUU